UACUUUGCAGUGUACUGGAUGUGCUGGCUGCAAAUGGAUAGGAAAAUGCUCUGUUCUCAGCUGGCGACGAUGGUUCCAGCCAGGAAAUUUUCUGUCUGUUAAAAUGAUUUACUGGGAUUAUUAUUUUUUUUUUUUUAAAUUCUUCAAAUUCUUUGCAAUGCUUGAGAUUGUACUCAAUGCCUAGAGAACUGGAGAGGAACCAGCAAGUAGCUAAGCACAUAUAAUGGACAUGGGUAGAGUUUGAAUACUUUACCCUCCAGCGUUUCAUAUUGGUACUUGUCGGCUCCAUUUGCAGAGAUCCCCUAUAGCUCACUCUUCCGUUACUUCAGCUUUCAGUCUGAGGGACUAAAACCAUCUCUUCUGUUACCAGGUACUGAUAAAAAUUAUUUAGAGAGAAGUGUUUGCCUUUCAUAGCUCCUUAGAGCUGCUUGCCCAUCAAUUUUCUCUUACUAUGAAGACUAUUUACAUGGCCUGAAGGAAGCACCUGCUAGUCAAAAUGAGGAAUGGUACCUGCAGCUGGAGCCGUCCUUUCUCACUUGUCUUCUUAGGAAGCUCAACAGGACAAAUGCUGCAGAAGUUCAGUUGUCUCUGUUCUAGCCCUGUGUUUUCUUGGAACACUUUUAUAAAAUAAUUGAUGGGCAGGAGCAAUGAUAAAGCAAGCUGAUCAAAGGGAUGGAUGGCUCUGCCAAGUUAAAAGACAUUCUGUCUCCUUUGAAGACCACUGAAGAGAAACAGGACUACAGCUGUUUGCUUGCCAUGCUCUCCCUAUGAAUCCUUGUGCCUGGCUCAGGCCAAGAGGAAAACCAAGCAGCUUGUGGGGGUGCAGGGGAGCGAUGUGGAAUUUCACAAUGUCAGUUUUUCCCACCCUUUCUGUAAUUUUUGUGGUGGGGCUGCAGCAGAAACGCUGUGGUUGUGAGCUGCUGGGUGAUGGUCUGGCAGCAGGCAGUGCCUCCUCCCCGUCUCAGCUGUGCACAGAGAACCUUCUCGGCUGCUGAAGCACUGUUACUGCUUUCAGAGGUUUUAGUUAUCAACAGCAGCCUGAAGCUUAGCACAGCUCUUCAGUGUUAUUUGUGGUAUUAGGUACACAGUGGUCUCUGUAAUUAACGUAUACACCGAUUUAAUUCUUUUUUAAGGAGUAUCUGCCACCGUCCUGCCUUCUCUUGCUGGUAGCCCUGACGGCAGAGUAAGAGGAGCAAGUUUUGCACCUGCUCCUUUGGGUGAGAGCUGCCAGAAACGCGGACGGAUCACCUCCCGGGGGAACCGGCAAACACCCUGCCCCCUCCCCGGCCGGGGCCGCGGGCCCUGGGCUCCGGCAGCGAGCGCAACCGGUGGGGAGCCGCGGCCGGGCCUGCCUUAGGCCCCGCCCAUCUCCUGCCGCGGGUGGCGCCGGCCCCCGGGCUCUCGGGCCGGGGCGGGCCCGGCCGGGGCCGGUGGGUGGUCGGCGGUGACCGGCUCCCGCCCCCGGCUGCGCCGCAUUAAUGGCGGCCGGCGGGCGCCCCCGCAGCAUCGCUGCCAUGCUGGCCGGCCGGGGCCGGGGCCGGAGCCGGAGCCAGCCGGGGCCGGGGGGCAGCGCCCCGAGGAGCGGCCUCGCCUUCUACGUGCUGUGGGCGCUGCGGGAGCCGCCACGGCGGCUGGAGAGCCAGUCCAGCAAGAUGGGUUUCCAGGCCUGGCUGCCCCUGCCGUUGCCAAAGCAGCUGGUGGUGUUCGGGCUCGGAGACUGGAGCUGCUACUCUCCGGACACGAGCGUCGCGGUGGAUGUGCUGGUGUCCCCAAGCGUGGCGCCGCAGCGGGUCGGCGUGCUGGAGCCCGCCCGCAGGUCUCUGGUGUGGGAAGGUGACUGGAGAACGGAUAUUUUCAUGGCCUCAUUGAAAGAGAUGGACAAAGGCAACUCUGUGAAGCUUGUCCUGACUGUCAAUGGGCAGCUGCUCCGAGGUGUCUCCAGCAGUACGCCUGUCUACCCCUUCCUCGUCCUGGAGACCACCCAGUCACCAGUGCUCCCAGCAGAUGAUGCGUCCUUUGCCCAGGACCUGGAGAAUCCUGCUAUGGUUAAGAGCUCAGAGGUGACUGCUAGAGCAUCCAGGCCUGGAAGGAAGGAUGUCCGCCCACCACUGAGGACCCUGGCAGUAUCCUGUGCCCUAAAGCCACCAGCUGGCAAGGUGGAAGCCAGUGAGGCCUGCAGGAAGAGUCCUGUCCACAGCAAGAAGCCCAGGAAAGUUUUAUUUGAACCCACAGCAUCUGAGAGAGAUCUCAGUGAAGAAGAUCUGACAGUGGAGGAGUUGCCAGGCGGUCCCAGCCCACGGUGGUGCCAUGCCAUGUGCCUCAGUGACCAGGGGACAGCUGUUCUGAUCGGUGGCGAAGGUGUCGACCAGCAGUCCUGCAAGGAUGCGCUCUGGAAGCUGGAAAUUGACAGUGAUUUCUGGCUUCCAGUGGGUUUCCAGCUACAAAAUGCCAUGCCAUUGUGCUUGCAUGGUCACACAGCUACCUAUGACCCAGACACCAAGCGUAUCUAUGUCUUUGGGGGCAUAAGGGAGGACAAAGACUACAGCAGGAUCUAUAUUCUGGACACAGUCACCUGGAAGUGGCUCCUCGUGGCUGCGAAAGGGAGGAUGCCAGUGCUCGCCUACCACAGUGCAACUAUCUACCGCAAGGAGCUCUUUGUUUUUGGAGGGACUUUCCCCAAAAAGGCAUCACUGCCAGCUGGACUCUGCAGCAACGUCCUCUAUGUCUUCAACCCAGAGCAUGAAAUUUGGUAUCAGCCCAUCUCAGAAGGGGAGAAGCCUCUGCCUAGGUUUGGGCAUUCAGCUACUCUACUGAAGAACAAGCUGCUGAUUUUUGGGGGUCGGAAGACUUCUUUCUACCUUAGUGACAUGCAUAUCCUGGAUCUGGGUUUCAUGGAGUACACACCAGUCCCCCUCCUCGCAGGACAGCCUUCUGCACGUUGUUUUCACGCAGCUCUGGCUGUGUCGGACCAGAAGGUUCUGAUCAGUGGAGGCUGCAAUGCCAAGGGAGCCCUGCAGGAUGCCUUUGUCUUCCACCUAGAUACUCUUUCAUGGAGCACUGUGAUCCACCAUGACCUCUGCUCUGUGCCCCGAGCUGGCCACACGUUGCUUGACCUGACUCCUGCCCACCUGAUGGAUGUGGACAAGGAGAACAAAGAGGAGCAUAACCUGCACAUGGUGUUGGUCUUUGGGGGCUCCAACUGUGCCGGGACUUUGUACAACAGCACAGUCAAGAUCCAGCUGGACCUAGGAUGAUGUACAAUACUCAGAAUGAGACUGGGACAGCAAGGGCUCUUCACCAGCCUGAAUACAGACAUGGAUGGCAAUAAACUGAGUCCAAGCAA